AUGCAGCUGCAGUUCCGGAGCUGGAUGCUGGCCGCGCUUACGCUGCUCGUGGUCUUCCUCAUCUUCGCAGACAUCUCGGAGAUCGAAGAAGAAAUCGGGAAUUCUGGAGGCAGAGGUACAAUCAGAUCGGCUGUGAACAGCUUACAUAGCAAAUCUAAUAGAGCUGAAGUUGUGAUAAAUGGCUCCUCAUCACCAGCUGUUGUUGACAGAAGUAAUGAGAGCAUUAAACACAACAUCCAGCCGGCCUCAGCCAAGUGGAGGCACAACCAGACGCUCUCUCUGAGGAUCAGGAAACAAAUCUUAAAGUUCCUGGAUGCUGAAAAGGACAUUUCUGUCCUCAAGGGGACGCUGAAGCCUGGGGACAUCAUUCAUUACAUCUUCGACCGAGACAGCACGAUGAACGUGUCCCAGAACCUCUACGAGCUCCUCCCCAGAACAUCCCCGCUGAAGAACAAACACUUCCGGACCUGUGCCAUCGUGGGCAACUCGGGGGUCUUGCUGAACAGCGGCUGUGGGCAGGAGAUUGACACACACAGCUUCGUCAUAAGGUGCAACCUGGCGCCAGUGCAGGAGUACGCCCGGGAUGUGGGGCUCAAGACAGACCUGGUGACCAUGAACCCGUCCGUCAUCCAGCGUGCCUUCGAGGACUUAGUCAAUGCCACGUGGCGGGAGAAGCUGCUCCAGAGGCUGCACAGUCUCAAUGGCAGCAUCCUGUGGAUCCCUGCCUUCAUGGCCAGGGGCGGCAAGGAGCGUGUUGAGUGGGUCAACGAGCUCAUCCUGAAGCACCGCGUCAACGUGCGUACUGCAUACCCCUCUCUACGUCUGCUGCACGCCGUCCGCGGAUACUGGCUGACCAACAAAGUACACAUCAAAAGACCCACCACUGGCCUCCUGAUGUACACCCUGGCCACGCGUUUCUGCAACCAGAUCUACCUCUACGGCUUCUGGCCCUUUCCACUAGAUCAGAACCAGAACCCUGUCAAGUACCACUAUUACGACAGCCUCAAGUAUGGUUACACCUCCCAGGCCAGCCCCCACACCAUGCCCUUGGAGUUCAAGGCCCUCAAGAGCCUGCAUGAGCAGGGGGCUUUGAAACUGACUGUUGGCCAGUGUGACGGGGCCACGUAA